GAGCUGGGUGUUUCCUGCCUCUUUCAGUCCGGGUUUGGAGACUCCGGCGUCCUCCGACUUUUCAUGGAAGAGAUGUCAGGAGAAAGUGUGGUGAGCUCAGCGGUGCCAGCGGCUGCUACCCGCACCACUUCCUUCAAGGGCACGAGCCCCAGCUCCAAGUACGUAAAGCUGAACGUGGGCGGAGCCCUCUAUUACACCACCAUGCAGACACUGACCAAGCAGGACACCAUGCUGAAAGCCAUGUUCAGCGGGCGCAUGGAAGUACUCACUGACAGCGAAGGCUGGAUCCUCAUCGACCGGUGUGGGAAACACUUUGGUACGAUACUCAACUACCUUCGUGACGGGGCGGUCCCCUUGCCCGAGAGCCGCCGGGAGAUCGAGGAGCUGCUGGCAGAAGCCAAGUACUACCUGGUCCAGGGCCUGGUGGAAGAAUGCCAGGCAGCCUUACAACAGAACAAAGAUACUUAUGAGCCUUUCUGCAAAGUUCCUGUCAUCACUUCGUCCAAGGAAGAGCAGAAACUUAUAGCAACGUCAAAUAAGCCAGCCGUGAAGCUGCUCUACAACAGAAGUAACAACAAAUACUCGUAUACCAGCAAUUCUGAUGACAAUAUGUUGAAAAACAUUGAGCUCUUUGAUAAGCUCUCUCUGCGCUUUAAUGGAAGGGUCCUAUUCAUAAAGGACGUCAUCGGGGAUGAAAUCUGCUGCUGGUCCUUUUACGGGCAGGGCCGCAAGAUCGCUGAGGUUUGCUGUACUUCCAUUGUCUAUGCCACGGAGAAGAAACAGACCAAGGUGGAGUUCCCAGAGGCCCGGAUUUAUGAGGAGACCCUCAAUAUUUUGUUGUACGAGGCCCAGGACGGCCGAGGACCUGACAACGCGCUCCUGGAGGCCACGGGCGGGGCGGCCGGACGUUCCCACCACCUGGAUGAGGACGAGGAGCGGGAGCGGGAGCGGAUCGAGCGCGUGCGGCGGAUCCACAUCAAGCGCCCCGACGACCGGGCGCACCUCCACCAGUGAGCGAGCGAGCGAGCCGCCUCCCUCCUCCUUCCUCCCUCCUCCCCUGCUCUUCACUCUGAUUCCUGCAGGCUCCGGGCGCCUUCCACUUCCCCCGGAGCCUGGAGAUACUUUUGUAAUAAGCCAGAUGAUGAUUUUGAUAUUUUUCGACCAGGUGACUGUCUUUCCCCGGGGGGAAAUGCACCCUUGUUCUUAAGUGGAGUCCAAGGUCUCCCCCUUCCGUGGGAAACGGGGAAUCCUUGGAGCCAGGCUUUCUUGGUUCUCGGAGAAAAGUAUGAAUGGGUGUGAAGCGGACGUGAGAGAUGUUGUCUGCAGUAUUUAUUUUUGUGGGUGUGGACUACCUAUUUGAGCUUCGGGGCGGCAUUCCCUCGGGGUUCAGUUGGACGGCUCCGAGGGGGAUCCUGCCAGUUAGUUGGUGGCCACCAGACGUUCUUGGGAGCAUCCUGUGUCGUCGUCCUCCAGCCCAGCACACUGGCUGCCGGUUCCUGUGUGCUAUAGACUGGGCGGCCAUCCGGGGUUUUGCUGGGAGCACCCGCGGCGGCAGGAUUUUUGCGCCUAUGGCUUAUUGGUAAAUGAUUGCAGUUUGUGGCGUGGAAGAUAGGACCUACGAGCUUCGUGCCUCUAACUUGUCCUGGCGUAACUCUGGGUCAGGAGCAGGCCUGUUGCCCCCUGGGCUGACGUGUGGUCCGUGCUCAUUGGGACCCCGCAUGCCUGGCCGAGGGCAGAGCCGUCCCCGGCAGGGAGUGCUGGGGUCCUGGCCCUCUCCCUGAUUCCUGCCCCUUCUGCCUGGCCUCCUUGUUGAGCAACCCCGUUGUGGGAAGGCCAUCUGGCCUGGUUACAGGUGGAGCUCACACCGCUGCUUCCUGGGAUCCAUUCCUCCUCCUCCGCCCUUCUUCUCUGUUAAGCUGGGCUGUCUCGGGUAGAAGCCCUGCCUUUUGCUUAGAAAGUGGACGUGGCCCGGACUCUUUCCCCUCCCCGAGCCUGGCAGCCAGGCAGGAAGACCACCCCCACCAACAGUCUCAGGGCACCCAUCACCUGGAGAUCCCUUUUUUGUCUUUUCCUCUGAUUUUUACAGUAUGGAGUGGCCACAGGGAGCAAGAGUUUGAGGCUGUGCACAUCCUUUGUGGUCCGGUUAAAUGUGCGUGUUCAUGUUUAAGGGACGUGUGCGACUGUGGAUGGGGACGUGUGCUUGUGGGGCGCAGGGGGCCCACGCUGGAGCCCGGCUGUCUGCACGGUUGCUUGUGCAAGACGGACGUUCUCGGUGACCUACCUCCCAGUCUCCUCUGCGCCCACGAAGGGACAUAAGUGCGUUGUGGCUGAUGUGGCUGCGACUAGAUUAGGUAGAGUAGUUAAGGGAGAUGUGAACGUGUGUGACGGAAUGGAUGGAAUUUGUCUGUUUUUCAAGGGAAAUGUUACUGUUUUAUACCAAAGGUGUUAACGUGGGCAGCCUUUGACACCAUGUAUUCCAAAAAAAAAAAAAAAAAACGAGCUUAUAUUUUGAAAUGGUUUUUACAGCUUAGGCUUUG